AUGAAUCGAAGAUUUUCGGCAGAAGAAAAGGGUAAAGCCGUCGCAGGCAAACCCUCAGGACCACCAAGACCCCGUAUGCGCGCACCGGACUUCGACCCAUCGGAACUCAUCAAGGAGAACCUACUCACACUCGUUGGCCGUCUGACGAACCCAAAGGAACAGAAGAUGAGCUCCGUUAUGCCUUACUUGGCAAAGAAAUGGAACCUAGUGGGCCUCGCCUCGGGUGCAGACAUGGGGAACGGCUGUUUCCAAUUUAGGUUCAACAAAGAGGAAGACAUUCGGUGUGUACUAGCCAACAGACCAUACCAAUAUGGUCGAUGGAUGAUCAUUGUUCAACGCUGGGAACCGAUCAUCUCAUCAAGCUUCCCGUCACAAAUCCCUUCUGGAUCUCGCUUAGAGGGAUACCUCUCCAUUACUGGCAUGAAAAGGUGGUACGCAACAUUGGACUCGAAUUGGGUGAACUCGAAACCUAUGAGGUAA